AUGGAUGUGAUUUCUCAAACUGAAAAUAUUGAACGACGAAACGGAGAAAAGAUAGUAGGAAUACAAGACCUAUCAUUAAUUAAAAACAGAGAUGACACACAACAAAUGAUAGAGGAAAUAGACGAAUCAGUGGAACUAAAUUCCGAGAGAAGAAGGAAUUUAGAAGAUAAAAUAAGAAUGCUUGAAGAGAAUGAAGCUGAUCAUCAAAGGCGAGUAGCUCGACUGGAGGGAGAGAUUUUUGGGCAGGAUGGGCAGAUUAAAAAAUUAACGAGAGAUGUCCAAGGAUUCCAAACCCAACUAGUAGAAACGCAAAAUAACCUCGAGGAAACACGAAACGAACUGAGAAGAACGCGAAAUAAUCUCGUGGUUACACAAAACAAACUUACAGAAACGCAAAAUGUGUUAACAGAAAUACGAAAUGAUCACGAAGAAACUAAAAACAAAUUAAAGGCAAUAGAAAGUGCUCUUCAUACAGGCCAGAUUGCCUUCGACUUCGAGAAGGACCUUGCCACAUACAUCUACCCACAUGAUAAGAAAUUCGGAUCCCGCAAAAUAUUUACAAACAUGAAGGAAUGGCUGGAAAAGAAAAAGAAUACGGAAGAAGGAAGUGAAGCAAACACAAAGUGGAAUGAAUUGCAGAAAGAGUUCUCGUGGUCAAGUGAACACGAAAGAGUAUUUUUUAAACUGCUCGAGUCUAGAAAAGAGUGUGCGCAUCCACAAGUUGAUCGGAAUGGGGUUCAAUCGGAAAUUCCUGACAGCUUCACUGACCAGGAAAAGAAAUGCAUUACAGAUAUCAUGGAUAUCAUUGAUCGAGUGAACGAACUAAUGUAG